UAUCUACGAUGAGGUACGUUAUUUUCUAUCUUUUGUUGAGAAGAGAGUGUCCCCUUCUCGACUGUAACUAAUGAACAGAAGUGCCCCUACGGAUUCAUCGCCGUUGGAUGCUGCGACAUCGUUCGGCGCCGCCUUCCUAUACAUGUGCAUUAUAAUCUAUUCCUGUAUCUGUGUAAUUCUAGGGUUCAAGGUAUCCCAAAAGAGAUGGAAACGCAAGACUAUCAUGGGCAUGCCGCCACCGAUCCCCGUUGUCCUCGGCGGCGUCCUGUUCACGCUGUUCUUCCUCGCAUUCCUCAUUCCCAUCCUCAUCGUAUGUACCAUCUCCACCGCACUCGACGAGUACGCGUCCGAAGGACAUCACCGCCGACCGUAUGUCAUCCGAAGGAUGACAGGAGCCUCCUCGCCUGCGCCCGCGCCUCAUGGCUGGGCACAGUACCUCAAUCUUUGGGAUCUUAACUUCAACCUGAGCUCCAGCGACCGCUCCGAUGAAAUCACUACGAUUUCUUCCCACAGAACCAAUAGCACCAAUAGCACCAACAUCACCAACAUCACCAACAGAACGCUGCCACACUAUGAACAGCGCCAUAGAGAUAAUUUGGUCGAACCCGAGGAGCUAGCUCCGCCCGAAACACCUCCACCGGUGUACUUCCCCCCAGGUCGCGCUUCAGAGGAGACGCUUGCGUCAGAGGAGACGUUUGUGUCAGAGGAGACGCCUGUGGACGGAUCUGAUUGGGGGUCAAGAACGUGAGUAUUAACAAUUUCUAUCUGAUCGAGGACUGCUUCACCAACUAACACAUCUAUGACAUAGGACUUACUCUUUGUGAGAAUCAGAACUGCCAUGAUGAACAAUAAUUUAUCUGAGGAUAGGAGGUAGUCACGGCGUAUACAGCGAUGGGAUUUAGGAGUUGGAUUAUGAUAAAAACUGGUUUACAGGCUUACUUGGCUAUUUAUUGCAUAUGUGUAAAUGGAGGUUGUCUCCAAAAUGCCCUGUACGUUCUUAUAGAUUGGAAACCUCUUUAAUGCAAUAUUGUCUUGGUGUCUUUAAUGAUGCAUUAACGAAGUUGACUUAUGUCACGGGUAGAAAACUUGUGAAAAGUGUAGACUGGACAUCCACUCACAGAA